AUGGUCAACGGUAACUCUCCCACAUCUCAACAUGGCUCCACGGCCGAGAACGGCACUCCGUGGGAUUGGGUUACCAACUUGGAGAAGCAAGUCAUGGACGACAACAAUGUAGGCCCAUCGAGACCGAGCACUACUGUCCUAGCCAACCUAACUCCGUUGGCAACGGUCGAGGCCAUCCUCGGUAUCGGCGGCUAUAAUCGAUGGUUGGACGCUAUGUCGGUAUUUCGCACCUCCAAUGGGAAGGAGUUGGGCACAGACGUCAACGGCUUCCUUAUGGAUCACGCCUUGAGUGUCAUGAAGGAUUCGGAGGCAGAGUCUCGGCUGUCCUGUUCACGCACCCAGCUGUCCGACUACGAGUUCAAGGAGGGGUUGAUGCACUCAGUACGAGCCACUGGUUUAGGAUUGGUUGGCCAACUGCUGUUGCUGUCCACGGUACUAUCGCCGGCACUCGCCCAGACUGUGAAGGAUACCAUGAUUGACUUGGCUGAGGCUGACGAGGCAGCCUACCUGUGGUUGGAAAAGGAGGAGAACAUCCAGGUGGACCGGUCUAACUGUGUGAGGUGGCUCAGCUUUGUCAAGAAGGCCUGUGAUGCAGUGCAAUUGGAAUGGACCCGCGUGGUCCACGAGGAUAUUACUGUCAGUGAUGCUCUCCAGCACUACAGUGGUUUACGUUGGACCAAGCUCUGUACUCUUGACCAACUCAUCCUCAAGGAGAGAGAGGCUUUUCACUACCUGUCCCGGGCAGGAGACGAGGGAGUGAAGUUGGGGGAUCAAGCUCGUCUUGACGUCUUGAACCGAUGUCUACCAGAGUCUAACAGGUGGGGUUAUGUUCUCACCCCCGAGCUCAACAAGAUCCUCAGGUCUGCAAGGUCGGUACCCGAGUGGGUAUCGGUGGCUAAGCAGAUUCGUUCUGAUUCGCGUCGUUCGGGACUACUACCCGACCGCGAGUACCAGCCGACCAAGUCCGAGUCGUCUACCUACGCCUCCUACAAGGUGGAGACACAGAGCCGCCGGCGUGGGAAAAAGGCGGCUAAAGAUGAGGACAAGGUUCAGGAGGCGGUCAAGCGAAGACUGAACAAGGCUCGAGGAAAUAAGAAGAACAAGCAGCACGUGCGCAAUAGUCGUCCACUACGAGGCUCGAGAGGGGCGGUCUCCGGCUCUGAGGAUGACACUGAGGCCACCAUUGUCUGCUACCACUGUCACGGUAUUGGUCAUAGACGCCCCCAGUGUCCGCACCGUGAGACUGAUAAGGCCGAGGCUCGCCGAUUGGUCAAGUCCGACACUAAGGUCCCGACUAGCUCUGAUAAGUCGGGGGGGACCAAGGGCCCCACUAUACGGACGCUGCGUUCUCGGAGAGCGGCAGCUGCUAGAGCACCCGUUGACUAUAAGAAGGUGCCCGAGCAUCGUGUUCACGCCACCCAGACCAUCGACAAUGGUAACGGUGUUGGGUCGGGGGAGCUUGAUGGCUCCUCCAACGAACACGGAUCUGACCACGACCCCCACGACGAGCCCACCGGUGGGGAACUAGCCGAGAGUUUGGCAAACAUGGGUGCCCUCAACGACCUCCUCAAGGGUUCGGGUCGGCUCAAGUGGACUCCUGAGUCGGACGCCGCCUAUGACCGUCUCCGUCGACGCUUCGAACAACGGUAUCUGCCCUUUUAUUCGGUUGAGGAAACAUCUCCGGGGCCCUCCAGACGCUAUGUGGUUCAGGCCGAUGCGAGCGACGUGGCUAUCGGUUUUUGUCUGUGGUCUAUUGACGUUAGUAAGGAGGUAUCUGCCGACUCCCUCGCCCAGUCUGGGAGUUUACUUAUGUGGGGAUCCAAGGUACUCAACUCGGCUUCACGGAGUUGGCCUUCGUGGGACCGGGAAGGCUAUGCGGUGUAUGUUGCCCUCUGUCGGUUCCGCCCGUGGCUGAUAUCCUCAAUGACGACGGCGUACGUCCUCACGGACAAUACUGGUUGCCUGUAUAAAUGGGCCACCAUGGAAAAGAGCGAGCGUCUACUCCCGUCUCUACAACGAGGACAGCGUUGGCUCCGGUGGUUCAACAUGACUAGCGACCUCUUGGUGUUCAAGUCUAUCUGCUUCAAACACGUGAAGGGCGUGGAGAACGGUCUUGCUGAUGCACUAAGCCGCCUGACCAACCACCUGUUGAAUCGGGAUGAGGAGGCAGUGCAGACUGACCGAUGCUUACAAACGGCGGUCGGUUCGGGGGAGCCCGGGAACGGUUUUCUUGGUGACUGUGAGUGGGCUCCACCUCCCUUAGUUGGUCCUAUCCAGGAGGCGUGUCGUGAAGCUCAGCCACAAGACGGUACUACCAAGUUCUUAGGGAAGACUAUCUCUGAGAUCUACCAGUUGGUUGCGAACAAGGGCGAUCCUAACACAACGACACCCGACUGGCUGGACCGGUUCAUACUAUUUGACCAUUGUCUCAUGAUGAACUCUCUGGAGCCGGUUACUCAUCUACCCCGUUGGCUGGUGGUGGUGCCAGCUGGCACAAUCCGUGUUGACAUCGAGGGCGAGACCAAGUCGGUUCUCAUUCGGGAGUACCUAUGUUGGUUGGUUCACUCCAGAGUGGCCACUGGUCACCCCUCUCCUGCCAUGAUGAAGUGUCUGUUACGCCAACACUGCUGGUGGCCGUCAAUGGAGGUCUGCUGUAGGACAUGGACAAGCAAGUGCCACACCUGCCAGGUGGAGUCGGCUCGUACUAACCGGAAUUUGGGCAAGUUCAGCCUUCGUCGUUAUCCAGGUCGAUUUGAGGCUAUCAGUGUGGACUAUACGGGACCAUAUGAGGUCUCGUCGGUGGGACAGUAUCGGUUCAGUCUAACUAUUAUGGAUCUAUGCACUGGUUACGUCCGCUUCGCUGCCACUAGGACGCGGUGCGGAGGCGAGUUCGUGGCGACUCUCUUGAAGAGCUGGGGUAUGGAUUUCGAUCUGCCACGAACUAUACUGCAUGAUCGUGAUGGUGCCUUCACCGCUGAAGUCGUCCGAGCUUGGAAGGCUCGUUCCCAGCAUACUUCUGAACUUUUCGAGUUUCGAGGCUCGAUCUCGAAUCGAUUCGGUCCCAGAAGUUAUAUAAUCGAUUGGCUCAAUGUCGAUACCGGGAACCGAGAAUCGAUCUCGAAUCGAUUCUCUCGAUUCAAGGGCGCCGGUUCGAUCCAAGGCACCGGCAUUUUUAUGUAUUUUCUAUUUGAAAAGUUGCGCACAAUGAAACCACUGAAACCCAAACCCGUGACAUACAGCCUAUAA